AUGUUACGUCCGUCGUCCCUAUGCCGCGUUGCAUUUCCGGUACACCGUGACACGACAAAAACACCGCGUUUGGUAAAGGAGGUGGGUUCGUGGCUGUACAAACGGGAGACUGUGGAGUCGUUUCGUGCAUGGUGCAAGGCCAACAACGUGCGUGGUAGCGGGAACGUGAAGGUUGUGUCCACCAUGCACUACGCCCGAUGCCUUCGUGCUGCAAGACAUUUGCGGCCCGGGCAGGCGAUCAUCACCCUUCCACACACCGCCUGCUUCAACUUUCUCGUUGUUGCCAAGGAGAUGUACGGUGUUAGCGGCAAGGGUGGGACCGUAUCGCAUAACUUUCCUCUCGAGGUGAAUUGGAUGAAUUACGACGAGCGGUGUAGCUUCUUGCGCAGUGCCAGUAUGUCGGAACUCACCACGGCCGGUUGGAUGUGCCGUAUAGCCUCACUAGAGGAGAGUCGUUUCACUCCAUACAUUCAUUGGCUGCUAGAAGACACACGCGGGCGCGACGGCGUUGCCAACGGCGUUUCGAGAGAAAGGGGUGAAGAAAGCGGGCUGGUGGAUCAUUACUUCUCAGAGAUGGCUACAGACGCGUGCGAAGAUCCCGAAGAGUUCCUUGAGAAUUUGUUCCGAAGUUUCGCUGCACUGCACCUGCGUGCGGUGCCCAUUGAGUCCGCUGCUAUUCGACUGUUUCUUCCAGGUACAAACUUUUUCAAAGCUAAAGUGGAUGAAAUGUUUGUACCGACGCUCAUGCCGCUCAUCGACGCGGUGCCACAGCUGGAGGACGGUCUGCACAAUACUGCGGUAGAAUACUUUCCUUUCAGUGACGAGGAGACGCUUUUGAAGCAGUGCAAAGAUUUGGUUUUAUCGGAAGGGGGGACGAAUGAAAUGAGGGAGCUGCGACGAAGGUGCCUUGCUCAGGAGCAGGGAGCGGGCGCCUUCUUCGCACUACGUGCUCUGUGCCCGAUUGAAGAGGGAGAUUACUUGUACGUUCGUGGUGUGCCCAAGUUGGGCGCACCCGAGCAGGAAUCAAUGACUGUUCGGGUCAUGGAGGCGAAUCGGUUGCUGAAUAAUGAAUAG